AUGCCUGUGCUCUACUCGCACACCAUGACGGGGGUGAUGGGGAUCAGGGCUCACACAAGUACUGCACCAGAUUAUAGCCCCUCCAUUCAAUGCAAUUUCUUUGUGGCCCUCAAUCUCUCCUUAUGUAAGACCAGUGAAGCGAAAAACAGUCAACAAAUCCAUGCCCAGCAGUUGCCAUCUGCACAUUCUCACGGCCCUCCCCUCCCGAUGAUGCCUCACCCGGCACUGGCCGGUCUCCAGCCUCCCUCGGCUGCCACGGCCGCAGCCCUCACCGCAGGAAUGCCUCCCUCGAGUUCAGCCGCCGCCGGACUGCUGGCCCUAUCGGCUGCCGGAUCACUGGCCGGCGCCUCAUCGGUGGCCACCAAUAACAACAACUCCAGUCAUUUGUCGGCAAUUCCUUCAACCCUUUCGAAGGAGUCCUCCCAUCGGGAAAACAAUGAGAAGCGCUUACUUAAUGACGACAGAAGAGAGAGGAACUCAUUUUCGCCACACUCUGAACGCACACGACAUCGGAGUCGUACUCCAGAAGCAGAAACUAAAUCAAAAAGAAGAUCCAGAGAUACGGAGAAAAACGAUCACAACGGCAGUGAGGAUGAGAAGAGCGAUCAGGAUUUGGUGGUAGACGUGGCUAACGAGGAGCCCAUAUCUCCGCAUAACGGGGACGCCUCUCCCCGUGAGAACGGUUCAGAUGCGAGGAUUAAACGCGAGAGAGAGCGGCCGCCCUCCAGGUCGGGCUCCUCUUCCAACAGUAGUACUCCUCUGUCAACAAAACCAAAGGAGCAUUCGAGUGACAAACCACCCACACCUGUGUCUAAGCCAAUAACGCCGACCAGUUCUGGAUCGACAACUCCGAGCUCCAGCGCCAAUAAAACACCAAAACCCACCACUUCUAUCGGUCCCCCCUACCCCUAUUUGCACGGCACACCAUCUGCUCACCCGUCACUACCCGCUGAUCUGAGUGUGGCCGCAGCCGCCUAUUCGCAGGGGCUCUUACACAACAACAUCAACCCCGCCCUCAACUCCUAUCCCCGCGGAUUAGUUCCCGGAUAUGACGCCCACCCCUCUCUACGCACACCUGGUUUUAUCCCAGGAGGCAAACCGGCCUAUUCUUUCCAUGUGAACGCUGAGGGUCAGGUACAGCCCGUACCCUUUCCUCCCGAUGCCCUAAUUGGGUCAGGGAUUCCUCGUCAUGCGAGACAAAUAAAUACUCUAAAUCACGGGGAAGUCGUUUGUGCCGUUACUAUCAGUAAUCCCACGAAAUAUGUGUACACCGGGGGAAAGGGUUGUGUCAAAGUGUGGGAUAUAAGCCAACCCGGGAGUAAAAGCCCAGUUUCUCAAUUGGAUUGUUUGCAAAAAGACAAUUACAUCCGUUCGUGUAAACUCUUACCCGACGGUCGGACUCUCAUCGUUGGGGGCGAAGCGAGUACUAUAUGU